GACCGCGUGUGCUUUGCCCUGCACAGGAGGCGGUGCGCGAGUGCGAGCGGCGCGUGGUGACCCCCGACGACGCGGACGACCUGAGCCCCAUGCCCACCCACCUGGCCACCAGCAAGACCCGGCGGGGAGCCAUCUCCGCCGAGCCGCUCUCCGAGGAUGACGCCACGUCCUACGUCAAGAAGGUCGUGCCCAAGGACUACAAGACAAUGGCAGCCCUACAAAAGGCCAUAGGCAAGAACGUGCUCUUUGCCCAUCUGGACGAGAACGAGCGCUCGGACAUCUUCGAUGCCAUGUUCCCCGUGAACGCCCUCCCCGGCGAGGUCAUCAUCCAACAGGGCGACGAGGGAGACAACUUCUACAUCAUUGACCAGGGAGAGGUUGAGAUCUUUGUCAAUGGAGAACAUGUGACCAGCAUCAGCAAUGGAGGGAGCUUUGGUGAGCUGGCUCUGAUCUAUGGCACCCCCAGGCAAGCCACUGUCAAGGCCAAAACAGACACCAAGCUCUGGGGCAUUGACAGAGACUCCUACAGACGCAUCCUCAUGGGUUCCACAAUAAGGAAGAGGAAAAUGUAUGAGGAGUUCUUGUCCAAAGUGUCCAUCCUUGAUUCACUGGACAAGUGGGAGCGGCUGGUGGUUGCUGAUGCGCUUGAGCCAGUGUCCAUAGAUUCUGGAGCCACAGUGGUGCGACAAGGAGAGCCUGGUGAUGACUUCUAUAUCAUUGUGGAGGGAACAGCUGUGGUCAUGCAGGCACGCUCACCAAACGAGGAGCCUGUUGAAGUGGGAAGGCUUGGGACUUCAGACUACUUUGGUGAAAUUGCUCUCCUGUUGGACCGUCCUCGUGCAGCCACAGUCAUAGCAGAUGGACCCCUCAAGUGUGUCAAACUGGAUAGGAAUAGGUUUGAACGUGUCCUAGGCAGCUGCGGAGACAUCCUCAAACGGAACAUUGAGCAGUACAACUCCUUCAUCGCACUCACUGUUUAGAGGCUCAGAGUCACUGGUUGAGCCCCUGUGUAUGCAAUCAUGUAGGCUUCUCUGUAUGCUAGUUUCUAGGCUCCUGUGCAAGUAAUUUUUUGUGAUCUGUGUACA